GUAGCUCUGCUGACAUUUCCUCUCCACCCUCUCUCUUUCCCUCUCUCUGACACACACACACUCCCCGUCAGGCUGCCAUGCUGGUGCUGUGGAGUGUGUAUUCAGCCUCUUGACUGCCUAGCUGAUUGUGUGUCUGUCUGUCUGUCUGUCUGUCUGUCUGUCUGUCUGUCUGUGUGGCUCAGCUAGUCUCCUGUGGGUUUGCCAAAGCAGCGCCUCACAGCGCAUCCUGUAGCAACAUGUUUCGACGCACGAAAAGUUGCCGGACCAGUAACCGGAAGAGCCUCAUUCUAACCAGUACAUCACCCACUCUCCCUCGACCACACUCACCUCUCCCUGGACACAUAGGAAGUAGUCCAUUGGACAGCCCAAGGAACUUCUCCCCCAGUGGCCCUGCCCACUUCUCAUUUGCCUCCUCUAGAAGGGCGGACGGUCGAAGAUGGUCCCUGGCCUCUCUCCCCUCCUCUGGAUAUGGCACCAACACACCCAGCUCAACGUCCUCCUCCUCGUCACAGGAGCGGCUGCACCAGCUGCCCUUCCAGCCCACCAUGGAUGAGCUGCACUUCCUGUCCAAGCACUUCGGCAGCACCGAGAGCAUCACCGACGACGACGGGGGCCGCCGCUCGCCACAUGUUCGCCCCCGCUCCCGCAGCCUAAGCCCGGGGCGCUCACCGUCUUGCUAUGACAACGAGAUAGUAAUGAUGAACCAUGUCUACAAGGAGCGCUUCCCCAAGGCUACAGCCCAGAUGGAGGAGCGUCUGUCAGAGUUCAUCCAGAACUUCUCCCCGGAGAGCGUGCUGCCGCUGGCUGACGGGGUCCUCAGCUUCAUCCACCACCAGAUAGCAGAGCUGUCCAGAGACUGCCUGACCAAAUCACAGGACGGACUCAUCACAACGGUGUAUUUCUUUGAGCUGCAGGAGAAUCUGGAGAAGAUGCUCAACGACGCCUAUGAGCGUUCUGAGAGCUCUGAGUUGACCUUCAUCACUGAGCUGGUCAAAAAGCUCUUCAUCAUCAUAUCUCGUCCCGCCCGGCUUCUGGAAUGUCUGGAGUUCAACCCAGAGGAGUUCUAUCACCUGCUGGAGGCAGCGGAGGACCACGCCAAGGAGGGACACCUGAUGAAGACGGACAUCCCUCGCUACAUCAUCAGCCAGCUGGGUCUGACCCGGGACCCUCUGGAGGACAUUGUGAGCAUGGACAACUACUAUGACAGUGAAGGUCCCCACACCCCAGAGCCAGACGAUUCUGCAGAGGGGAAGAUGAAAGCCAUGAAGCCGCCAAGUGAAGAAGACUUUCAAACCAUCAAGCUGAUCAGCAACGGAGCAUAUGGUGCGGUGUACCUGGUACGUCACAGGGAGACCCGUCAGCGUUUUGCCAUGAAGAAGAUCAACAAGCAGAACCUGAUCCUGAGGAACCAGAUCCAGCAGGCCUUUGUAGAGAGAGACAUCCUGACCUUCGCUGAGAACCCCUUCGUGGUCUCCAUGUUCUGCUCCUUCGAGACUCGCAGGCACCUCUGCAUGGUCAUGGAGUAUGUUGAAGGGGGAGACUGUGCCACUCUGCUGAAGAACAUUGGGGCGCUGCCCGUGGAACUCACCAAAAUGUACUUUGCAGAGACCGUGCUGGCACUGGAGUACCUACACAACUAUGGCAUCGUGCACCGAGACCUCAAGCCUGACAAUCUUCUGAUCACCUCUAUGGGCCACAUCAAGCUGACCGACUUUGGCCUGUCUAAGAUGGGUCUAAUGAGCCUCACCACCAACCUGUACGAGGGACACAUCGAGAAGGACGCACGCGAGUUCCUGGACAAACAGGUGUGUGGCACCCCAGAGUACAUAGCCCCGGAGGUGAUCCUGAGACAGGGCUAUGGGAAGCCGGUGGACUGGUGGGCCAUGGGCAUCAUCCUCUAUGAGUUCUUAGUGGGCUGUGUGCCCUUCUUUGGAGACACGCCUGAGGAGCUCUUUGGACAGGUCAUCACAGAUGACAUAGUGUGGCCUGAUGGAGAUGAGGUCCUGCCAGCUGAUGCCCAGGGACUGAUAUCAACCCUGCUACAGACCAAUCCACUGAUGAGGCUGGGUACAGGGGGAGCGUUUGAGGUGAAGCAGCACUCGUUCUUCUCUGACCUGGACUGGAACAGUCUACUGAGACAGAAGGCAGAGUUCAUACCUCACCUGGAGUCAGAAGAGGACACCAGCUACUUCGACACCCGUUCAGAUCGUUAUCACCACAUCAAUGCGUACGAUGAGGAUGACACCAAUGAUGAUGAUGAGCCUGUUGAGAUCAGACAGUUCUCCUCCUGCUCCCCUCGCUUCAGCAAGGUGUACAGCAGCAUGGAGCACCUGUCCCAGUUGGAGCAGAAGGCCCCCUCAGUGACUCGACGGGAACACAAGGGCUCCCGGGAGGACAACAGGGGGAAGAGAGAGAGUCUGGGAAGCUUCCCUAUCAGGGACAAGAGCUGGAGAACCGGUUCACCUGAGAUGAAGCGUCUGUCCGGUUCUGAGUCCCUCUACAUGGACGGUGACUCCAGCCCUCCCCUCGGGGCCCGGCGCCGUUUCUCCGCCCUCAUGGACACGCAUCGCUUCGCCUCACAGCAGGAGGACAACCCAGCCCUGACACGCCAGCCCCCUGUCAAGGCCAGGGGGACUUCACUGGAGGUGGCCUCCGUUCCCUCCACACCCCCCUCCACCCCCAGCACCACCCCUGACCCAAAGGAGGAACAUGUAGGAGAGAAACCACCAAGCCCAGGUGAGACUCUGGGAGCCACGCCCACUCCAUCCACUACUCCUGGACCUACAUCAGCCAGUAGGGAGCUGGGGGCAGGACCUGUGUAUGACCCCCUGGGCCCCCGGGCCACGAAUGACCUGGUCCUCCGCAGGGCGAGACACCAGCAGAUGUCUGGAGACACAGGGGAGAAGAGGAACUCACGGCCUGGCAACAAGGUUAUCAAGUCAGCCUCGGCCACAGCCCUGUCUGUCAUCAUACCUGCAGUAGACCAGUACGUCCACAGUCACAGCUCCCCCUUGGCCAGCCCCAUGUCCCCUCGCUCCCUGUCUUCCAACCCCUCCUCCCGGGACUCGUCACCCAGCCGUGACUACUGUCCGGCCCCUGCCGUCAGCGUGCUGCGCUCUCCCAUCACCAUCCACCGCUCAGGGAAGAAGUACGGAUUUACCCUCAGGGCGAUACGGGUCUACAUGGGAGAUACGGAUGUUUACAGUGUCCAUCACAUCAUCUGGCACGUGGAGGAUGGAGGCCCCGCCCAGGAAGCAGGACUGUGUGCUGGUGACCUCAUCACCCAUGUGAAUGGGGAGUCUGUCCACGGAUUGGUCCACACGGAAGUGGUGGAACUCAUUCUAAAGAGUGGCAACAAGGUGACAGUGACCACCACACCGUUUGAGAACACCUCCAUCAAGGUGGGCCCGGCACGCAAGUCCAACUACAAGUGCAAGAUGGCCCGACGCAAUAAGAGGCCCAUCGGCAAAGAGGGACAAGAGAGUAAGAAGCAUAGCUCUCUGUUCAGGAAGAUCACUAAACAGUCUAACCUGCUCCACACCAGCCGCAGCCUGUCCUCUCUGAACCGCUCUCUGUCGUCCAGUGACAGUCUACCAGGUUCUCCCUCCCACAACCUGUCAGCCCGCUCCCCUACACAGCAGGGAUACAGGUCCACACCUGAGUCCUCCUACCUGGGUGUGUCCUCUCAGAGCAGCUCUCCUGCCUCCAGCACCCCCAACUCCCCUGCCGCCUCCCAGCACAUGCGCCCCAGCUCCCUGCACGGCCUCUCCCCCAAGCUCCACCGCCAGUACCGCUCGGCCCGCUGCAAGUCCGCCGGCAACAUCCCCCUCUCCCCCUUAGCCCACACACCAUCCCCCACCCAGUCCUCCCCUCCCCCACUACCGGGCCACACCAUCGGUAGCUCCAACACCACCCAGACCUUCCCUGCCGGGGCAAAGCUCCACUCAUCACCACCUGUGGUCCGCCCCAGGCCCAAGUCCGCCGAGCCGCCCCGUUCCCCACUCCUCAAGAGGGUCCAGUCGGCAGAGAAGCUCACCUCGCCGCUGUCUCAUUCCCAGUCGUCGAGUGGUGGGGUGGGAGGGCCUCUGAGGAAACACAGCCUGGAGGUCCAGCACUCUGACUUGUACCGCAAGGACCAGUUCCACUGUUGCGAGCUGGGGCUCCAGAGUUUGUUGGAGACGGAAGGGGAGAAUCUACCACCUCCGAACCCCCCACUGCUGCCCUCCGCCCCAGGCUCCCAGGGUUCAUCUACAGGGGCAACUACCACGACACCAGAGACGGGGGUGCUCAAGCCGAUGAGGAAGUUAGGGAGGCAAGAGUCGCCGCUGAGUAGGGAUACACUGCUGGCUGGUAGGGAAAGGGAAAGAGAGAGAGAGAGGAAGAGAGAGAGAGAAAGGUCGAGGGAGAGGGUGGGAGAGAUCAUUAUGGCUUAUAGCAACAGGACAACAACCGUCCCAGAGAGGUCACCUAACCGAGGAGGAGGAGCCACAACAGAUAAUCACCAAUCAAUAGCUAGAAAACCCUCAACCAGUGAGCAUACCUUUAGCCCUCAGAGUAGCCCCACCUACAGAGCCCAAUCCAGCCAAUCGCCAAAUCUGGAUUCCAUCAAAACUACAAGUCCCAAAACUACAAGUCCCAUUACUCCCACUGGGUCACCAGGCAUAUUUAGGGGCCAUCCAGAAGGAGCAGAGAAGAGCCAGCGUCAGACAAACAUGUCUAUCAAGCAACAGAGCCUCCGAACGGCCGUGAGUACAAGCCCUCUCAGCCAAGACUCCCAGGAGAAUUACGGGGAGGACAGAGCGGAACCAAAGCUAAAUGGAGACAAUAAGGUGUGUCCACCUCCAAGGCCCAGCAUGCCCUGUGGGGGCCCUCUAGGGAGAGGCACUAGUCCAGACAGAGGCAUGGGUAUGGGUGGAUCAUCAAUAACGUCAGGGUCUACAGGUAUGUUCAAGGCUAGUAGUAAACCAUCAGGAAUAGUAGGAGAGAGCCUGAGAAAGAAUGGAGCCGAGAACAAUGGCUCUCCAAGAACUUCAGAACUGGGGUUGAGAAGCCCCAAAAGCCCCAAACCUCCAGCCAGGGCCCUGGCUCCAGCUGUCCCACCCCACGGACAACCCCUCUCCCUGGGCAAGGUGAGGCAGGGCCUGGGGCCUGUCAACUGCUACCGAGGGACCCUGGACUGGGAGGAUAAAUGUCGGCUGGAGGUAGUGGAAGAACACUCUCCAUCCCCCUCCCCCUCCCCCACAGGCGUCACCCCCUCGCUCUGCGCACCCUCCUUCUGUCCAGGCAGGUCCAGGCCUGUUUCCCCCGGCGACAAGACCAGCUUUGUCACCCAGCUGACCAGUGCCGCUAAAUUGGUCCUGGGGCCUAUAAAGGGGUCAAUGGUGUCCCAGUCCCAGGAGGGGCCCAAGGGGAAGGAGCUGAAAGACAUGCCCAAGCCGGGUGAGGAGAAGCAAGGUGCCUCGGCAGGAAAGUCUGAGGCUUCGUCCGGACUCGGAGUCCGGAUGGUUGGCGGUGGCACCACAGUGACCCAAAGUCCAGCUAACUCUGUUCCUCAGUCUGAUAAGGUGAACACAGGUAGCCACCCCCCCAAAUUGUAACCCUUCUAUUUGAAAGGAGUUUAGAGAGGAGGGCAUUGAGAAAUGAGAUGCCUUUUCAGAUUUCUAGAACAAUUCCACAAUGUCAAGCACUUAAGACGACAUUCCAGUUCUAGAAAAGCAUAUCAACAUGGUACUGACUUAUCUGUAACCAUGAGUGAGCAGAACUAUUGUAAAGGUGCUGUUACGGCCAUUUUCUAUUAUACAGUUAGUAUAUAUUAAGACAACGCUCCACUUUAUGAACUAUUAGAUAUCUAUAACAGAUCUGUAUGUAUGUAUGUGAAAUGAAUGCAUGUCAUGUGGUACAUUUUGUGUGUUUCUAGAAUAAAAAGGAGUGAAAAGUGCUUUACUGAUCAAAACUUGCUGAAUACUGUGAAACACCAAAUCCAGUUACUUACUCGUUUUUUCUAUCUCGACUAAACGACCAAUCACUUCUGUUUCUGUAAUUCACUCAAAUAAACGUAAUCACAAGCAGAGGCUAUGCUGAGGCACAAUCAAGUCAUUACAACCUUGACAGCAACAACAACAAAACACAAAAUCCAAUCGGCCACUGUAGAUUUGUCUUCGGAAAAUAAAUGAUAAAAUUACUACUGUAAAAGACAAUGAUGCGGCCACUAGAUUUUAUCUUUAGAAAGACACUCGACUGAGCCACACAGGACCAAUGACUACUGUAGUUUUCUGUUACUACUGUAAGGCCGCCCAUGACAAAGAAUUAUGGUCCACCACUACACUCACUGAAGUCCUCAGUUGAUUAGCAUAGCCAGAUUAGCAUAGCAUGCUGUCAGUGAAUGUCUGUAAGUGAAGGAUGAAGUGAAACAACCUUGAGUUAGUUCUGGGUGAAUCUUGAAGGCUAUGGCACAUUUGUGUGCCAUGGAUUUUGUCCGAAAUGGCAUCCUAUUCCCUAUAAAGUGGACUACUUUUGAUCAGAGCCCCUGUGGUAGUGCACUAUAUAGGGAAUAGGGUGCAUUUGGUGCCUUGGUAAAGAAGAGUAAAGCUCCUCUGACAGUUCUGAAGCUCAGAGCGCUUAUCUCUACAGAACAGGACUACUACUGCAGCCCACACACACACACACACACACACACACACACACUGGUGUAAGCGGAGUUGAUAUUCAUGGUUUUAAAUCCCAUACCCAUGUGGUGGAUGAUUUGGGCUGUGUGCGUGUGUGCGUACCCCAAUGUGUGUGUGUUUCAGGGAUGGGUUCAGUAAGCCAGAAACUAUAUAGAAACGAACAGAAUCCAAACUUGAAUAACAUUGAUAAAUUAGAAUAAUUGUUUUUUGUUGUGAAUAAAAUGAUCUGUUACUUGAUCCUGACUGCACAGCUACGGUAAGGAGAUUACUGUAAAUAUCUGUAAAGACUAUGGCUCUACUAUUCGUACGUUCUAAUUGUCACUCAUCAUGUUUUGUUUUGAACCAAAAAGGUGAAGAAGAAAAAGCAGGUGUAAAUGGAUGUAGCAUAUUUAAUAGAUGUAAAAUGCAUAUUAAGGGCUUUAUGGAUGGAUAAGGUUUUUCAUUCUUUGAUGUCAAAUGUUCACUUGCUGUUGCUGUUAUCGUUUGUCCAUCUGUUUUUCGAUUAACCUUAUUUUCAUAUUGGAUUCCUUCCUAAUUCUGGUGUCAGGUAUCUGAGAGUUUAACUGUCUGUUUUUAGCCUGGGUGCCAGUCUGUUUCUUGCCAACUCUGUAUGGAAUUGUCAUGUCAAACAAUGGCAAUGGAGUAGGCAAAAUCACAAACAGAUCUGGGACCAGGCUAGUCUGUGCUGUGAAAUAAUAAUAUGACUAUGUUUCACUCACCACAGUAGGAUUCACUGUAAGUUGAGCACUACAACUGUAUGUGUGUUAAGAUAAUACACUGUGCAUUAUUUCAAUGGUGAAAUUAUGAUGAUCUCUCUCUCUCUCUCACUCAUGUAUCUUCUCUAUCAAAAAUGUAACACCCAUAAUCUUUAUGCGAAUGAUUGGCAAAUGUUUGUUAGUGGGUGAAGAAUAUCAGAUGUUGGAAUUAGUCUGGUAGAAUAUGCAAGCUUUUAUGUACUACAUUACUUGGCUACUUUUCAGAUGACUUUCUGACUGCAGCUUAUAACUUGGACCAUACCGCCCCCUUAUGGUGUGUGUAUAUAUACAGUACCAGUCAAAUGUUUGGACACACCCACAUGUUCCAGGGUUUUUCUUUAUUUUGACUAUUUACUACAUUGUAGAAUAAUAGUGAAGACAUCAAAACAAUUAAAUAACACAUAUGGAAUCAUGUAGUAACCAAAAAAAGUGUUAAAUAAAUCAAAAUAUAUUUUAUAAUUGAGAUUCUUCAAAGUAAUCACCCUUUGCCUUGAUGACAGCUAUGCACUCUCUUGGUGUUCUCUCAACCAGCAUCAUGAGGUAGUCACCUGGAAUGCAUAUGAAUUAACAGGUGUGCCUUGUUAAAAGUUCAUUUGUGGAAUUUCUUUCCUUCUUAAUGUGUUUGAGCCAAUCAGUUGUGUUGUGACAAGGUAGGGGUGGUAUACAGAAGAUAGCCCUAUUUGGUAAAAUACCACUUACAUAUUAUGGCAAGAACAGAUCAAAUAAGCAAAGAGAAAUGACAGUCCAACAUUACUUUAAGACAUGAAGGUCAGUCAAUCCUAAAAAUGUCAAGAACUUUGACAGUUUCUUCAAGUGCAGUUGCAAAAACCAUCACGCGCUAUGAUAAAACUGGCUCUCAUGAGGACUGCCAUAGGAAAGGAAGACCCAGAGUUACCUCUGCUGCAGAGAAUAAGUUCAUUAGAGUUAACUGCACCUCAGAAAUUGCAUCUCAACAUCAACUGUUCAGAGAAGACUCUGAAUCAGGCCUUCAUGGUCGAAUUCCUGCAAAGAAACCACGACCAAAAUACACCAAUAAGAAGAAGAGACUUGCUUGGGCCAGGAAACACGAGCAGUGGACAUUAGACUGGUGGAAAUAUGUCCAUUGGUGUGAUGAGUCCAAAUUUGGGAUUUUUUGGUUCCAACCGCCGUGUCUUUGUGAGAUGCAGAGUAGGUGAAUGGAGGAUCGCCGCAUGUGUGGUUCCCACCGUGAAGCAUGGAGGAGGAGGUGUGGGGGUGCUUUGCUGGUGACACUGUCAAUGAUUUCUUUAGAAUUCAAGGCACACGUAACCAGCAUGGCUACCACAGCAUUUUGCAGCGAUACGCCAUCCAAUCUGGUUUGCACUUAGUGGAAUUAUCAUUUGUUUUUCAACAGGACAUUGACCCAACACACCUACGGGGUUUAUAAGGGCUAUUUGACCAAGAAGGUGAUGGAGUGCAGCAUCAGAUGACCUGGCCUCCACAAUCACCCUACCUCAAUCCAAUUAAGAUGGUUUGAAAUUAGUUGGACCGCAGAGUAAAGGAAAAGCAUCCAACAAGUGCUCAGCAUAUGUGGGAACUCCUUCAAGACUGUUGGAAAAGCAUUCCAGGUCAAGCUGGUUGAGAGAAUCAAGGCAAAGGGUGGCUACUUUGAAGAAUCUCAAAUAUAAAAUAUAUUUUGAUUUGUUUAAUCAUUUUUUGGUUACUACAUGAUUCCAUAUUUCAUAGUUUAUAUGUCUCCACUAUAAUUCUACAGUGUAGAAAAUAGUAAAAAUAAAGACUUUUCACUGGUACUGUAUAUAUAUAAAACAUUGUUCCAUAUCAUAAUCAUAAUGCCAUGUAAUUUAACAUAGUUUAUUCAAAAUAAAUAUCUCAUUUUAUACUAUUAUGGAGUUUAUUAUCAUCAUAUCUGAGAGCUAAAUAUUGUUGUAAUGACAGGUCAAGGUACUUAAUAUAGCAAUAUAUAUUUUAGGGAUGCUGUUGUAAUGAAGAGGCCUAGAGCCGUGGCUUAUUCAGACUUGAGAUAAGAACACUUAACUUGGACUUAAGUCAAGAAAUGUGGACUUAAAUCAAGGUUUUAUUGACUUAAAUCCAUGUUAACUACUUAUCUCAAGUCUAAAUUUGGCCCCUACUGAAUAUACAGUUGUCUCUUGUUUUGGUAGAUAACUGGAAUGUUUGCAGUAGUUUACAAUAUAUUCUUAUUGUUAUAUGAAUCAUUCCACUUGUUGUUAUUCUCUAACUGUUCAGAGAUGGGUGGCUCUUUAGCGUUAUUCUGUGACUGUUAGUUCUACCUUCAAAUAUAAAGGGAACCAGAUAACAUUUUGUCAUAUUUCCAAUGUUAUCAACCUGAUCACUAAGGUGGUGUUUAUUGUAUUAUAAUCACUGAAACAUCAGGAGUAGAUAAAUCAGUCAAAACUGGUAUGUGAAGAGAAAAUACAUGCACAUUUUGAAUAAUAAACUCUCAUUGUUUGUAUGUGAGGUUUUUUGCAGGCAUAUUUUACUCAAAACUUUGCAUGGAGGAAUUCCGUGGUCUAUAGAGAUCUGUUUUAUAUGUUAACGAUGGCAGAAAAUGCACAUCCUAAUCAUGAUUAUGAUGAAUUGUUUGAAAUGCACUUUAUAUUUUCAAGCGUUUUUUUCUUCAUUUCUAAGUGUUUGUUUUGGUCUGUAUUGCUACAGUUAUGUAUUAUCUGGGUGAAAAUAAAAUCUAAACUGUACUUAAACAAAUAUACAAUUAUAUUUAUUCACAAUGGCCACCAACGAUUAAUAUGUCUCAUUCACCUCAUUUGAAAAUGUUAUGUAGAUAAAGGGCAAGUAUGAUGACAUUA